GGAGGAGGCCUACUGUACUCACAGCACAGCCCGACUCCGACCCUCCCAGCGCGGCCACGUCAGUCUCCUCCCACCGCUGAGAGCUGAGAGCUGGAGCUCCGAGACGAGGAGCAGAACUCUGGUUCUGACUACUGACCCAUCGAGCAGCGACCGCACCUCUCCGUGUUUACUGGACUGAUGGAGAGCUUGACGACCAUAAUCCACACUGCGUAAAAACAGGUGUCCCUGAAGGUCGCAGCAGUCCCAGUGACAUGGCCAGCAAAAGUAAUUACACACCGUGCAGAGCGAACUCAGGAGCCUCUCCUGAACGGCAAAGCAGAAAAUGACUCACAGGAAUGGAUUCGGAGGGACGAGCGAUCGCUGCCUCCAGCCGGAGGUCUCCGGGGACCUGGAGCAGGCCAACGUGGAGAAAGUUCAGGAGGCUAACGACUGUGAAUCCGAGGAGGGGGGUGCGAGGGGGCAGGGCGGUGAAUGCAGAGCCUCAGCAGGUGUAACGGGAGCCGUCAUAGCUCCAGAUGGCGGUUGGGGCUGGGUGGUGCUGGCCGCCACCAUAGUAGUCCUGGCGUUGACCCUGGCGUUCCCCUCCUGUGUGGGAAUCUUCUACAACGACCUGCAGAAUGAGUUCCACGCCUCCAACAGCGAGACCUCCUGGGUGCCCUCCAUCAUGACGUCAGUGCUUCACGCAGGAGGUCCCUUUUGUAGCGUGUUGGUGGGGAGACUUGGUUGCCGAGCGACCGUCAUGUUGGGCGGUGUCCUGAGUGGGGUCGGGAUGGCUGCCAGUUCGUUUACCCAGUCCAUCACGCAGCUCUACAUCACCGCCGGGGUUAUUACAGGACUCGGUUUCUGCUUCAGCUUCCAGCCGGCGGUGACGAUCCUCGGUCACUACUUUGUGCGUCGCCGUGCGUUUGCCAACGCCAUGUCCUCCGUCGGCACGGCGCUGGGACUGUGCACUCUGCCGUUCCUGGGUAACUACCUCCACACGGAGCUGGGCUGGAGGGGGAGUUUCCUCGUUCUGGGGGCUGUGCUGCUGAACUGCUGCGUGUGUGGAGCAGUGAUGAGGCCCCUGCAGCCGCCCAAGCAUCGAGGCCAGCCGCUGAUGAACCACGGACCUCCUCCGCCUGAGGAGGACAGUGUCAGGACAGAAAAAGGGAGGAUGAGGAAGAUAUGGAGCUACCUGUUGGAUUCCAUGAGCAAACACAUGGCCUUUGAUCAGUUCUGCCACAACUCGCGUUACUGUGUGUACGCCAUAGGCAUCACCUGGAUGAUGCUGGGGUUUGUGGUGCCCCUGAUUUAUCUGGUUCCCUACGCCACCGAUAACAACAUGGAGCCGAGCCGGGCCGCGCUGCUGCUCUCCAUCCUGGGCAUGGUUAACAUCGUGGUGCGGCCACCCUUCGGCAUCAUCUUCAGCAUGUCCUGGUUCAAAGGGAGACACAUUUACGUGUUCGCCGCGGCUCUGCUGGUCAACGGGCUCAGCAACAGCAUCUGCUGCAUCGGGCCCAGCUUCCCCGUGCUGCUGACUUACGUGGCAAUCUACGGGCUGUCCAUGAGCGUGGUGGGCACCCUGAUGUUCACCGUCCUCAUGGAUACCGUGGAGAUGAGCCGCUUCCCCUCAGCUCUGGGCCUGCUCGCUAUCAUGGAGAGCGUCACGCUGCUCAUUGGGCCUCCACUGGCAGGAGUCCUGAUCGACAGAACGGGCCAGUACUUCUACGUCUACUUCGCCUGCAGCGUCGUUGUUGCCUCCUCCGGCUUGUUCCUCAUGGUGUCAUUUUUCUGGCUGGAUAAAAGGGACAGGAAGUCGUCGAAGCAGGGUCAGCCGUCCGCGCUGCCUGAACCGGCGACUGUUGACUUAGCUCCUGGCUGUCAGUACAGCAGCGUUCCCACAGAGGGAGACAAAGACAAGAGCUCGUCUAACGGAGCAGAGUACAUCACCAACCUCUAACACACACAUCACAGCUCAGCUCAGACAGCUCUGCAGAUUAUUCUCUCAUGUUUGCACACCGCUUACUUGGUGCGCCAGAUGUUGACAACUUUUCUGCCAUCUGGUGCGUCAUGAAAGUCCAAACGAACACGAUGAAUACUUUGCACCAAAGUUAGACACUUGAUCCUACAUACCAAAAUGAAACAGAUGUGCACUUAUUCAACUACAACACGAUUGUACUAUUUAUUGCAAAAAUGCUGCUGAUCUUAGAUCACACAAUCCAUCAUCAUAUACAUGAGGUAUCUCACUUUAUCAAGCCAAGUUACAUACAGUACAUACAUCAUCCUUUUGUUGGAGGAAUCACUCAAGGUGUUUGCUGGAGUGUUUAAAGGGGAGCUUACAGACACACAGAAAGGGUCUGAUCAGCUGCUAUGGAACGAUACCGAAGGAAAAGUGGUUGUGAUGAAAACAAGCAAACUAAUCAGGAAUAUAAAAUCAAAAUGAUGGUAAACACAGUGGAGUAGGAAGUUGCUCCAAAAGAUAUUAUCAAGAGUUAAAGGAUAAGUCUGGUGUUAUUGUUCUAUAUUUGUCCUACCUGCACGGCCUCAGAUGUGCAGUAUGUAAAAUGUAUUUGUAGUAAUUUGAUUAAACACAAAUGUAUUAGG